GGGCUCAUAACUAGCUGCAAAAAGGGGUGGGGCUCGUUGUUUACAAAGUAGUUGCAGUUUUAGUUUAGUUUUCUUUAGCUCUUGUCUCCUCUCCUUGGUGUUGGUAAUGGCUGGUCCUAAGAGCAAAGCAGGAACAGAUCUAUUCAGUAUACAGUUCGAGGUCACAGAGAAGUUGCUGGAAGCAGAAGAGAAGAAGUUACGAGUGCUCAAGACUGAAGUAGAGGCCAGCAAGCACUCUGAUGCUGGAGAUGACUCCAAGAGGGCAAGGGAAUUGGAGAUGCAGGAAAACAGUUACUUGCGUAUCAAGAUGCAGCAUCAGAGAUUGGCUCAGGAGAUGCAGGAUAUUGCCGAGGCUCGUAUGGUGCAGAGGCAACCAAAGAUGAAAGUGUCGAGAAGUCUCCCGGCAAUAGUCAUGAAACCUGCCCACAAACCACGACCGUCAGUAUUUGAUCACCUCGUACCCAAGACUGCAGCGGAUGUACAAGCAAACGGUGGUGGUCUCUCUCCUGGGUUCUUCCAAGGUUCCAUGGUCGCUGCUCCAGGACAAAACACUGAUGAGCUGCAAUAUAAGGAUGGUGUUCUAGUGGCUGGAUCACUCAAUGAACUGGUCACACUACUGGUUCCCACGGAAACCCAUUAUCCUGAGAGGACGUACAUGUUCGCUUUCCUCCUCUGCUCACGAUUGUUCAUUAAACCAUAUGAACUACUUAGUCGAGUUACCAGGAUGUUUCACAUACGACUGAAGCAAUUCAAUACUUCAGGAAAGCCGAGUGAUGAAGGACCAGGGCACAACAUGGUGCAGUGUCUCAGUGAGUGGACCGAGAUGUAUCCGUAUGAUUUCAGAGAUGAGAGGAUGAUGAGGUCACUAAAGGAGCUGACCCAGACAUGUGCUGCUAUAUCCACAGAUCUACGUCGCUCUGUGGGUCAGUUGCAGUCAGCUCUAGUGCAAAAACUAAGUGUUCUUGAUAAGUACGAGCAUGUGCUCUCCCAGGUGAACGCUGUGGCAAUGGAUAGACUCAUCGACCCCACCACUCAAGUCAACCUACUGUCAGUAUGUGAGGACCCCACUAUUCUAGCACAGCAGCUCACACAUAUUGAAAUGGAGCGGCUCAACAACAUUGGACCAGAGGAAUUCAUACAAGCAUUUGAGAAGACGGAGGCAGAGCCACUGUAUCGAGAUCUCAAGAAGACUAGUAACCUGGAGGCUUAUGUGGAGUGGUUCAAUAGACUUAGCUAUCUCGUUGCCACGGAGAUAUGUGUGGCGGAAAAGAAGAAAAGUAGAGGAAAGUUGAUAGAGUUUUUUGCUGACACAGCACUAGAAUGUCGGAGACUGCAUAACUACAACUCCUACAUGGCAAUCUGUGCUGGUCUGUUUAUGAGUUCUGUCACAAGAUUAAAGAAAACACGAUCGAGAGUAACCAGCGGUAAACUACAAUCAAUCGAGGACUUUAUGGAUCCAAUGGGCAACUUCUCCAUCUAUCGCCAUCACUUGGAGAAGGCAGUGAGCGAGGCUAACCAAGGCAAGAGUGGGCAGAGAUGGGUAGUUCCAUUCUUCAGUCUCAUUGUCAAGGACAUCUACUUCAUGCAGCAAUCAAGUGGCAAAACCCCGAGUGGUCUGAUCAGGUUUGAUAAGUGCAUUGCUCAGGCACGUCUUGUCUCUCAGAUCCUCUGCUAUAAGGACAUUGUGUUACCAUUUCCGAGAGUGAGAGCAGCACUCAAUUAUCUCAUGACCAUCCCAGUACACACUGAUGACGAGCUGCAAUUGGCAUCCUUUGAGAUUGAGCCUCCAGAUAACAGUGGAGAGAGGAAGAGAUACCAAGAUCUCAAGAUGAUCCUCGGCUCAUUUGGUGGGCGUAUCAAGCGUACCAACAGCACUGGGUCUACCACCAGCACUGGGUCAUCCCCUCCACCUACCUUCCCAACCAUAAGGGAGGAGGCAUAGCAACCAACACCAUAUCACACUUCUUUGCCUAUACUAUUUUUAUCCUCACUGUUCUUAUUGUUCAGUUUUUAAUUCUGCUGUACACCAGGUAUACCCCUUGAUGGAACAUUCAAAAAUUAUUUUGCAAAAAUAAAACAAAUUUUAAAACGAUAA